AUUGGACCCCUUCCUUACUUCACUAUUUUCUCUUCCACGCCAGGAAGCACGACUUAAGACCAUCCAUUUUUUUUCUGUUGUGUCCUUUAACUCCAAGCUUAAAUUACCCCCAAAAAAUCCGGACUUUAAUGAUAAGCCACUUCUUAAUCAUCUAUCCCCUAAUAUUUUUAUUCCUAAAUUAGAACAUUCUUGUGCUCUUGAUUUGAAUCAAACCCAAUCUCAGGUACCCACUUUCUUUCCUCAUUUUCUCUUUUGUAUUGAUAUUGCAGGACAAAUCUCUUCUGGGUUUUCUUUUUCAUUUCCCACUUUCCUUUUUUCUGGGUUUUUUUUGUUUGAAAAUAUAUAUUUUCGACAAAAAAAAGCCCACCGGAGAGGGAAAGAGACUUUUUUUUUUUUGGGGGUUAUUAUUUAGGGUAGAGUAUAUUAAUGGCACAAAAGAGACUUUCAUGGCCAUCACAAAUGCUAGAUUUUGGUGAUAUGUUUUUGUGCCUGACUCGUCUUUCAUCAAAUCUUUAGGGACACAGCUGAAGAAAAUAAACACUUCGCAGCCUCUCUCUCUCCUUCAGUCCUUGUUCAAAAUCCCAAAGCUUUUUCUCAGGCUACAAUAUAAGACCACUUCAUGGUUUUGUAGCAGGUGGGCUUUUCUUGUUUGACAAGGGCCUCUCACCAAAAUAUCUUAUCUUUCCCUUUCUUUUCUUGAUCUACCACAAUAACCCCAAGAAAUGUUUGGAACUCAAAGCCAAAGAGACCUCCCCUUAGAAUUCCAAUCCCAAAUACCAAUUUUGAGGCCUAGCAUCCAUACCAGGAGGGCUAAUCUUACUGUAAAGUUCCAAGACCUUUAUGGGUUCACAGUAGAAGGGAAUGUAGAUGAUGUUAAUGUGUUGAAUGAGGUGAGAGAGAAGGUGAGGCAACAAGGACGGGUGUGGUGGUCAUUGGAGGCUAACAAAGGUGCAAAUUGGUACUUGCAGCCUUCCAUAUCUGAAGGAAUUGCCCUUAAAUCUUCGCUAAAGUUUUCAGCUUUGGCCAAUGCCAUUACUUUGAAGAGGCUGAUUAGGAAGGGAAUUCCACCUGUUCUUCGGCCCAAGGUGUGGUUUUCGUUAUCUGGGGCGGCCAAGAAGAAGUCCACGGUACCUGAGAGCUAUUACAACGAUUUGAUAAAGGCCACUGAGGGCAAGGUCACCCCUGCCACCAGGCAGAUUGAUCAUGACCUGCCCCGUACCUUCCCGGGUCACCCAUGGUUGGACACCCCAGAGGGUCAUGCUGCUCUUCGACGUGUCCUUGUUGGGUAUUCUUUCCGUGAUUCUGAUGUUGGCUACUGUCAGGGGUUAAAUUAUGUUGCAGCAUUGCUACUGCUUGUGAUGAAAACAGAGGAAGAUGCAUUUUGGAUGCUAGCAGUCCUGUUGGAAAAUGUGUUGGUUAAUGACUGCUAUACAAAUAAUUUAUCAGGAUGCCAUGUUGAACAAAGAGUUUUCAAGGAUUUCCUUGAUAAAAAGUGCCCAAGGAUAGCAAUGCAUUUGGAAGCAAUGGAGUUUGAUGUCUCCCUUGUUGCCACUGAGUGGUUUCUCUGCCUCUUUUCUAAAAGCUUGCCUUCAGAGACUGCUCUAAGGGUAUGGGAUAUCCUUUUCUACGAGGGGGCUAAAGUUAUUUUUCAUGUGGCUUUGGCAAUCUUUAAGAUGAAGGAAGAGCAGUUGCUUAUAACCCACCAUGUCGGUGAUGUAAUUAGUAUUCUGCAGAGAACUACUCAUCACCUGUUUGAUCCAGAAGAGCUAUUGACGGUGGCAUUUGAUAAGAUAGGUUCAAUGACAACCAACAAUAUAUCAAAGCAAAGGAAAAAGCAAGAACCAGCAGUGAUGAAGGAACUCGAUCAGAGAUUUAGACGGCUAAAUUCCCUAAAGUUGGAUGACAAAUAACAUUUGCAGCAUUGCAAGCUGAUGAAACUGCAAAAAUGCCGGACGAUCUAGUGGGGGAGCUUUUCGUUCCUCCCCUAGGGAAGAAACUGAAUUUGUUGUGUCUCUUCUCUCCUCUGUGUUUCUGUAAAAGAAACAACCAAGCAAAGAGAGUGUCUGUUGUCUAUUAGGAUGUUGUAGUAGGUGAUCAAUGUAAAUUUCUAACUGUUAUUCAUAUACGUGGUUAGAUACACUGCAAAUUCGGGCA